CUGAUACCCAUCCCACGAGGUGCCAGGCCCUGUACUAGUUCCCUGGAUACUGCAACCAUCGUGAUGGAGAUGCUUCCCUCACAAUGGAGCUCCGAAGGACAGGCAUGAGACAAACAGAAAUGAGGCGGUGACUCUUAUAAAAGGUGAAAAUAGGUCGCGGUAGGAAUGCAGAGCCAGAGGACAAAACCCAGGAUGGAGUAUCAGGGAAGGCCUCCAUUAGGGACUGACAUUUAACUGAGACUUGCAAAUGACAAUCCAAAAUAGAGAGACAUCAGAGCUGGGGGAGGGGAAGCUGAGUUUAUUGCUUAUCUACAAGGGAGAGCCAUGUUUCUCAAGAAGGCACGGUGGUAGAUGCUAGGGUUGUCUGAAUAAACAAGAAAGCCAGUCAUGGACCUUAAGCCAAGUGGCCAAGACAGACGUUAAACACAAGAGGACAAAAAUUAUCAUUUAUUUCUAGCUGUGGUAAGUGCUACAAGGAAAAAAAAGUACUGGGUAUUGUGAAUGCGUAAUAGGGAGACUUAACUGAGAGAAUGACCUUUGUGAUAGUAAGGGUGAAUUGAUUGACUCACAGAACUAGGAGGUGAAGAAAGAAAGAAGAGGAGAGGGGAAGAGAGGGAGAGACUUUAGGAGUAAUAAAAAGGAACAAUACAGGUACAUGAAGGCCUGAUGGAGGAAGGAGUGCUGCUGAGAAUACUGGAAGGAAAUCCACUGGAAUGGGAACAUUAGCUACAUUGGGAUUGUGGAAUUUGGGGUACUUAUUAUUUUCUUCUGUAUGUACACAUUUUGCAUUUCACAGAUUUUCCACAACAAACACGCAUUAUUUUAAUCAUCGGAGGGGGGCGGGGCUGGGAAGGGAACAUUGUAAGUUUAAACAAAAUAAUAAAGGAUGUGGGGAGAAUGGGUGUCAUGGAAGAAGGGGCACAUUCCAGAGGGACUAGUGACUUAAGCGGUGAGUAAUCUGCGUGGGGGAGAGCAACAAGCACGUUGAUGGGGCUGGAACAAAGGAGCAGGGGUGACUCACGAAUGAUACAGUUGAAGCCGGUCCACCAAGGUCCAUGAAGUAACCCAGAUACCAUGCAAGAGAAGCCGGAUCUAGACCACAGGAAAGGAACUGAGGCCCCCAGGUGAUAGCCAGCAUCCAUGGCUAGAUGCUGACCAAAGGAUCUUGCAGAUGAAUGAUCCCAGUCUCCAGGCUUCCAGUCUCCCAACUUCGACCCCAGACAUCCUGGAGCAGAGAUAAGCCGUGCACAUCCCCCCUGCACUCCAUCCAAACUCCUGAUCCACACAACCCAUAAAGUUGGAGGCCAUCUUUUCUUAAGAAAGCUCUGGGGAAGGAACAGAAGAUGGAAUGCAGGGAGAGGAGUUCGAAGUGUUCUCUGCUGCCCAUCCUUGUCACCAUUUCCAUUGAAAUGAAAUGUGCCUUUCUGGUCGUGGACUUUCUGAAUACCAAAAGUAUUAGGUGAAAGGUCAAGUACUUUCAAGAGAAGCCACAGAGGAAAUGGGAGGAUAUGGUCCUAUAUUCUCGUGAUGAGAUUCCAGUGGGGAAGAGAGACAACAACAGAAAGUAAACAAACACAUAAAAUGAUUCCCUACUGUGGUCAGCGUUAAGAAGAAAACAAACAAGAGGCUAAGAAAGGUCAAUUUAAUUAUUGAACCAGCCAAAGAAACUAGAAGAAAAGGAGAAAUGUUUCCAUCUCUACAACAUGGUGUGUGCGUGGGCAAGCUAAAACAGGCAGACUUGUGUCUCUCCCUCCCCACCAUGACCGUCCUGCGGGCUCCGACCCCGGUCUCCUCCACCAGCCCGGGACCCCGACGGGGCUCCGGUCCAGAGAUCUUCACCUUCGACCCUCUCCCGGAGCCUGCGGUGGCCCCCACCGCGCGCCCAAGCGCCACCCGCGGGCACCGAAAGCGCAGCCGUAGGGUCCUCUACCCACGAGUGGUCCGGCGUCAGCUGCCAGUCGAGGAUCCGAACCCUGCCAAAAGGCUGCUCUUUAUCCUGCUGACCAUCAUCUUCUGCCAGAUCCUAAUGGCUGAAGACGGUGCGUCUGCACCCCUGGCCCCGGAGGACACCUCCAGCGCGCCGUCCCCCGCGCCCACCGCUGCAGCCCCGGUCUUCGAGCCCCUUAAUCUGACCUCGGAGCCCUCGGACUACGCUUUGGAUCUCAGCACUUUUCUCCAGCAACACCCGGCCGCCUUCUAACCGGGACUCCCCACAUCCCCCCAAAGAACCUGAAAAACCAAGAAACACUGGGUGUACCUGGUGCGCGAGAGAGUAUCCCAAACUGGGACUCGCGAGGCAACUCGCACUCAGAACACUACGGCGGAGACGCCAGUCCGAGCCUGGGAGAGACAGGAACCGGCACGCCGAACCGGCACGCCGGGGCUAGGCCUGGUGGGGAAGGAGUGCGUCGUUAACUUAUUUCUCAUUGCUCCUAAUAAUAUUUAUGUGUAUUUAUGUGUGUCCCCUAGGUGAUGGAGGGGUGUGUAUAAUAUUUAUUUUAACUUAUGCAGGAGUGCGAGAUGUGCACCUUGCUGCAAAUGCAGGUCUCUGGGUAUUUAUUGGGCUCUGUGGGAUUGGUGGAGGCAAGCACCCAGAACUGAGGGAGGCCGGGAAAAGGGAUGGAGGAAACCCGGGUCGAGAUGGCGCCCGGGCUGGGAGUCAAGGACGGUGGUGGGUCGUAGUGAUACUCUCAGUCCUCCAGCAUCUCAACUCGUGAGUCUGUGAAGAUUCGGGGAACCGUUGAGAAUAAGGUCCCUGGCCUUCGAUCUCCUCCAAGUUGCCUCCAAGAGGGUGGCUGCGGGGUCGGUGGGCUGUCAGGAGGCUGGGGUCACCCCGUAUGUUCUAUGAACACAAAUAAACCUGAUUUACUGUCAGCA